CUCACACUGCCCUUCUCUGGCUGGGGCCAAAUCAGGGGCCAAUAAAAACAGGCUCCCCUCUGUCUCUGACCCCCCCGGCCACCGGCCACCGGCCCGGCGGUCAUGGCCGCGCUGGAGAGCUGCCGCUGCCGCGGAGCCGGAGAGCGCACCCACGGCAGUAUUCUGUACAGCAUCCUGAAGAGCGCAGAGGAGGAGCAGCCGCAGCAACCGCCUUCUUCCCAGUGUUCCCAGCCCUCGCUGCAGCAGCUGCUGCAGAAGACCCCCCCCGGGGCCCCGGACCCCCAGCACCAGCUCCAGGUCCAGACCCAGACCGCCGCCUGCUCCUGCGGGUCCACGCGCCGCCGCGGCGUCCUGCGCGCCCCGCAGGUCACCUGCAAAGCCGCGUCCGCGGUGCUGGUGAAGACGCUGCGCUUCGUCAAGAACGUGCCGUGUUUCCGAGAGCUGCCCGAGCACGAGCAGCUCACGCUGAUCCGGAGCGCCUGGGCGCCGCUGCUGGUGCUGGGGCUGGCGCAGGACCGGGUGGACUUCGAGACGGCGGAGACCGUGGAGCCCAGCAUGCUGCAGCGCAUCCUCACGGGCAGCCGGCACGGCGGGGACCAGAGCCAGAGCCAGAGCCGGGGGGUCUCCGCUGCAGCCGCCGCCGCCCCGGGGGUCUCCGUGCACGACAUCGAAGCCAUCAAAGCCUUCCUGAGGAAGUGCUGGAGCGUGGACAUCUCCACCAAGGAGUACGCGUACCUGAAGGGGGCCGUGCUCUUCAACCCAGAUCUGGAGGGUCUGCGCUGCCUGCACUACAUCCAGUCGCUGCGUCGGGAGGCGCACCAGGCUCUGAACGAGCACGUCCGGCUCAUCCACCGCGACGACACCACGCGCUUCGCCAAGCUGCUGAUCGCGCUGUCCAUGCUGCGCGCCAUCAGCCCCCCCGUGGUGGCGCAGCUCUUCUUCAGGCCCGUCAUCGGCAGCGUCAACAUCGAGGAGGUGCUCAUGGAGAUGUUCUACGGGAAGUAGCCGGGGGGCGCACGCCGAGUGAAGAAGGGACUAGAAAUGCUCGAAGCUCUUGUUGGUGGUUGGGAGAAGUGUGCGCGGACGAGACGAGAAGGAUUAAUUUAUAACAGCAUGGAAAUCUUUAAAAGGACUGUGAAGUGACCCCGAGAGGAUGUGUGUGUGCGUGUGGGAAUGAGAGAGGAAAAAGUGUGUCGAGGGCAAGAGACGUUAUAAUAGAGGAAACUUACAAAGCAGCUUCUGAAAUUCCUAACUUAUUUGUUUUUAUAUAAACUAUUUUUCUAUAAUAAUAAACAAA